ACAGCUCCAAAAAUUUGACAUUGAGGGCGUUCAGUGUCUUUGAAAUUUGCUCCACUGACCAAGGGAAUAAAGGUGAAGAAAAUACCAAAAACCACAACUAAAGAUGAUGUCAAACACAAAUUUGGAAAUCAAAGAAUUGGUGGAGGUGAAGUCAUCAACAUGGAGUUUGACAAAAAUAACGGAAUUGCCAAACUUUUUUUUAAAAGUUCGUCAGUUGUUUCCAACUUGGUAAAGAAAGAUCAUGUCAUUAAGGAGACAUCUUUAACUGUGCUGCCUUUAUAUGAUGACUUUGAAGAAUUGGAUGAAUCGGAAAGUAAAAUAAAAGAAUUUCAUGGCGACAUCUAUGCUGACAGUGACGUCAUCAAACAUGUAUUGUUUCAUGGCGAUUUGUUACAGUUUGAUUUAAAGUCAAUGAAAUACGAUGAAGCCAAGUCGACUGUUCAUUUUACAAAGGAUGUUAAAGAUCCCAAAGAUGGAGAACAUCUUACUACAAGGUUGAAAAUAUUUGUCGAUUCAUUUGCUAAGGAAACUUUAACGAUUCCUACAUUUGUUUAUGAUCAAGUAAAGCAGGAUGUUCUUGAAAAUAGAGAUGAAUCUGAAAUCAAGGUUAAAUUUGAAAAGUCCGGCAUUGUUCUUAUCGGACGCAAAAUCGAUGUCAAAAUAAAAAAGAAAGAUAUUCAAAAACUGGUUGAUAAACUCACAGCUGCCGCCAAGAAGGAUCCCCUUGAUAUUGAGAUAAAAGAUAAAGAUAAGUUUCAUUUUUUGAUUGCCAUUGGAUAUUUCACAGACCUGUUGGUCGAGUUUCCAGAUGUGGAAAUUCCUGGUAUUGAAGGGAGUACCGGAAGUAAAUUGACUGUUCUUGGGACAGCUGAAGGCGUUAAAAACAUGAAGUUGAGAGUUUUUGAGGAUCUUGAUAAAAUACACGUUAUUAAAAUUGAGAUGAGUGAUCGUCAAAUUGAUUUCUUAAAACGCACAAAAUGUAAGAUAGCCAACGAAGCAUUAAAAAAAGACAAGAUAAUGUUGAUUCUUAAAGAGGUUGAAGGCCAUGUUGGCGCUAAAGGUUUACAGCCUCAGUUGAUGUUCUUGAAGGAGCCUGGUAACGUCGAGGAAGAACGAGUUGUUGAAAUCAUAAAAUCGAAAACGUCAGAAAAGUUAGUAAAGAUUGAUAAAGAAACUGGAAAAUUUUGGCAAAGUCCGACCAUUUAUCGACGUUUAUAA